GCCCAUUUCUUUAUGAUUUGAUAGUCUGAGAAGAAUAUGAUGGGUGUGGCUUAAAAACCUAAAUCACGUGUAGUGUUGGAAUUGGGUGUUAUACGAGCAAACAAAAUAAAUACUUGUGCAAUAUACCUGCUUUGUGCACUCAAGCAGAGAAGAGAUCCACAGGUACUCACCAGUCUCCUGUUCUGCAAAGAAGAGAGAAUCAACAUGAGCACGGCAGGAAAAGUCAUCAAAUGCAAAGCAGCUGUGCUAUGGGAGGUAAAGAAACCCUUUUCCAUUGAGGAGGUGGAGGUUGCACCUCCUAAGGCUCAUGAAGUUCGCAUUAAGAUGGUGGCUGCAGGAAUCUGUCGUUCAGAUGACCACGUGGUUAGUGGUACCCUAGUGACCCCUCUUCCUGCGAUUUUAGGCCACGAGGCAGCCGGCAUCGUGGAGAGUGUUGGAGAAGGGGUGACUACAGUCAAACCAGGUGAUAAAGUCAUCCCGCUCUUUACUCCUCAGUGUGGAAAAUGCAGAGUUUGUAAAAACCCAGAAGGCAACUACUGCUUGAAAAACGAUCUGAGCAAUCCUCGGGGGACCCUGCAGGAUGGCACCAGGAGGUUCACCUGCAGGGGGAAGCCCAUUCACCACUUCGUUGGCACCAGCACCUUCUCCCAGUACACGGUGGUGGAUGAGAAUGCAGUGGCCAAAAUUGAUGCAGCCUCGCCCCUGGAGAAAGUCUGCCUCAUUGGCUGUGGAUUUUCGACUGGUUAUGGGUCUGCAGUCAAAGCUGCCAAGGUCACCCCAGGCUCUACCUGUGCUGUGUUUGGCCUGGGAGGGGUCGGCCUAUCUGCUGUUAUGGGCUGUAAAGCAGCUGGAGCAGCCAGAAUCAUUGCGGUGGACAUCAAUAAGGACAAAUUUGCAAAGGCCAAAGAGUUGGGUGCCACUGAAUGCAUCAACCCUCAAGACUACAAGAAACCCAUCCAGGAGGUGCUAAAGGAAAUGACUGAUGGAGGUGUGGAUUUUUCGUUUGAAGUCAUCGGUCGGCUUGACACCAUGAUGGCUUCCCUGUUAUGUUGUCAUGAGGCAUGUGGCACAAGUGUCAUCGUAGGGGUACCUCCCGAUUCCCAGAACCUCUCAAUAAACCCUAUGCUGCUACUGACUGGACGUACCUGGAAAGGAGCUAUUUUUGGAGGCUUUAAGAGUAAAGAAUCUGUCCCCAAGCUUGUGUCUGACUUUAUGGCUAAGAAGUUUUCACUGGAUGCAUUAAUAACAAAUGUCUUACCUUUUGAAAAAAUAAAUGAAGGAUUUGACCUGCUUCGCUCUGGAAAGAGUAUCCGUACCAUCCUGACCUUUUGAAACAAUACAGAUGCCUUUCCUUGUAGCAGUUUUCAGCCUCCUCUACCCUACAUGAUCUGGAGCAACAGCCGGGAAAUCAUUAAUUCCUAGCAGAAAUCAUUAAUUCUGUUCUUCAGAGAUGUUAAAAAUAAAUUACACAUGGGAGCUUUCCAAAGAAAUUGAAAUUGAUGUGAAAUUAUUUGUCAAGCAAAUGUUUAAAAUCCAAAUGAGAACUAAAUAAAGUGUUGAACGUCAGCUGGGGAAUUGAAGCCAAUAAACCACCCUUCUUAACCAUUC